GAAACAUGAAAAAGAAGAAGAAGAAGUUGCCCGAACACGGAAAAGGAGUGUGACAUCAACAGACUGAUGUUGGGACAUUAUGACAGCUCUCUAGUUAACUGGUCUGUGUGAGAGACCUUGAAACACUUAGCUAACCAGUGUUUGUGGUCAGUACAACCAGCCGGGGAAACCAGGACCACCACGAAGAAGACUCACAAACUUGAUUUGCACUGACAUCAACUUCUACAGAUCUUUGUUUACGAGCUUUGUUUACACUAUAUUUCCCUCCUGUCUUGAUCUUGUUCAGAGUUUUGUCGAAAUCGAAAGUACAGCACUGAGGGCCCGAGGAAGUCAUGGCUGACAGUAUGGACGAAGACAUGUCGGAGGAGCCUGUACCUCUCAGGCAAGACCUCACCUGCCCCGUGUGUCAGGGCAUCUACCAGGACCCCGUGCUGCUCCCGUGCUCACACAGCUUCUGCCGGGUCUGCUUGCAGAGGAGUCUGGAGAUCAAGAAACGCUGUCCGGUGUGCCGUGGGGAGUUUGAGGAAGGCCAGGAGAUUGCCAACCGUGCGCUCAGGGACGCAUGUGAGACCUUCCUCAAACACUCAAGCUGGCGGCCCAACUACAAACCGGCCAGUGAGGACAUCUGUAACAUUCACCUGAAGCCUCUGGAGCUCUACUGUGAGAAAGACGAGGAGCCUGUGUGUGUUGAUUGUGUGUCUCUGCACAACACACACAGGCUGUGGUCACUGAGAGAGGGAGCUCCAAUAUGUAAGAAGGAGCUUGGGUUCAAGGUCCAGAUUUUUGAAAAGAAAAUGGAACUCUACAAGAAAACAACGCAGAAACUCAACAAAGCUGUGGAACACAUCACGCAUCAAGCUGGGCAGGCAGAGAAGCAGAUCAAGGCAGAGUUUGAAAAGCUCCGACAGGAACUUGUCAAAGAAGAAGCUAUUCGUCUGCAGGCCCUUGGUUCUGAGGAGGAUGAGAAGAUCGCUGCCUUACGGGAGCUGAAUGAAAAAACGAAAAGGGACAUUGUUGCUCUGAAAGAUAUCAUCGACUCUCUGAAAAAAGAGAUGGGCAAUGAGGAUCUACCCCUCCUGCGGAAUUUCAAGACUUUAAAAAAAAAAGCCCAGUGGACUGGUGAGGACCCUUGCCUUCGUGAAGACUCUCUUCUGAAUAUGGACAAGCAUGUUGGUGCUUUGAGCUUCAAAAUCUGGAAAAGCCUGCAGGCCCAUGUCAAAUAUAAUCCUGUGGUGUUGAACCCGAACACAGCCUCUCCGUGGUUCUCCUUGAAUGAAGACCUGACCAGUGUGAAGGAGAGCAAAGAGCGACUUACCGUCCCUGACAACCUGGGGCGCUUUGAUUCCUGUCUCUUUGUCCUGGGUGCCGAGGGUUACACCUCUGGGAAACACAGAUGGGACAUCAUUGUCGGGGACAACCCCAAGUGGGUGGUAGGAGUGUGUAAGGAGUCAGUGGCCCGUAAAAAGAAGUUCACUAUCUCUACAAAGCGAGGCGUGUGGUCCAUAGGACUAAGCAAAGGGGUGUACACUGCCUUAACACCUGAGCGUACAGAGCUUCAGGUGCAGCAGCGCCCUGAAAGAAUCCGAAUCAAGUUAAAUAUCGAUAAAGGAGAAGUGUCGUUCUGGGAUGGGGGGACAGCGAAGCACCUGGUCACUUUAGAACACAAGUUUGAUGAGAAGAUGUUCCCCUUUUUUGGCCCUGGACUCCACGAUUCACCAAUGAUUCUGGCUCCAGGGAAAAUAGCAGUACACACCUCAUGACUGGCUUAUACACUGCAGUGAGAUAUGGAAUGAAAAAUCCAUUCUAAUAAAAUUAGGAUUAGCUUAAAAAAAGAAAGAAACAGGAAAUACAGAAAAAAAUGAGAUAAUCAGACGGAGAUAAACUAGUUUGGAUAUUCAAAAAUGGCACAACUUCAAUCAUUUGUUACACAGUAUAUAUAUGUAAGUGUAUUAAUGCACUGCUUCAUAAAUACUCAUAGUCAUUUGAGAAAUGGCUGAAAGGAUGAGACUGACACUUAGAUUUGGCAUAAAUAUCUAUAUCAGAAACAAAAGUAAAUCAAAAAUAGAACUUUAAGUGUAUAAACCGUGGUUAAAAACAUGCCAGCCACCAAUGAAUGGCUAACUUAUGAGUAAUCAAAAACCCUGUUAUCUGUGUGAUGAUGGAAAAACUGGGAAGAAAAUUAAAGACUGAAACUAAAAUGUCAUAAAAAGAGAAGGAUACUUGUGGUUGGCAGAAAGACCAAAGAUGAUAUGUGUGCCUUAGGAAACUAGAUUGGCCAGUCGUGUCACCUCAUGAUGACAAAACAGAACAGAAAUGUAAUACAAACGAACAGGCAGCAUGAAAGAUGCUUAUGACUAAUAGUAAUUAAGUCUGAAAGGCUUGAUUACACCUCCCCGACUUAUUUGUGCACUGAGCAAAACUACGCGCGUCCAGCUCUUCAUUGUAAAAGAAAUGGGAAACGGGCUUGUAACUAUUCAAGUUGCUUUGCUUUUAUGGCUGUUUUGUACAUUUUUUUCUUGUUGAAAGAGGUGGUAUCGUGCUUUUUCAUGUUUAAAAUAUAAACAUUUACUUAAAUGGAGCAUUUCACUUCCAAUUGUGAUCAAAGUGUCAUACUGUGAGACAAACAGUUGAAAUAAUCACAGGAUGAGAUCCCAGGCUGCUCUGCUUGUUCAAAAACUCACAUUCAUGUCAGCUUAAGAUUUGUUUAAAUUGUGACGUUACUGAUUUGUGAAUCUUCUCAAUAGAACAAAAUCAACACUGAAAACAAAAAUGUCCUCUGUUCUUCAUUGUUGGAGAUUUUCUCUUUUUUUUUGUCCCUUUCCAGACUUUCUGUGUCAGACUUGGAGUCCUAAACGUAUGAUCACAUAUGUUGAUUAGUCAUUUUGAAAAGUAAAACACAACUUAGUAGCAUGGCAACAAUGGAGGAGGCUUCCAAAGUACUGGGUUACGGGGUAGCUGGGCAGUCUUAAAGAGAGCGUCUAAAUUAAAUGUUUUGGAGGCUGAAAUUAGGGUUUUUAAAAACACCAGCCUGGAAUCAGUUAAGACAUUUUUUGGAAGUGUAAGCUACUUCAAAAGGUUUCAGAAGGACAAUAUAAAGCUUGAAAUUAAGCAUGAUACCCUCUCUUGAAAUAGUUUCAAACCAAAGAAUGGGCAAGCUUUACGCUUGGGGAAUGAGUUUUUCUGUUGGUGUACUACUUUUAUAUGAUGCUGAUUCUGCUGUAGUCUAAAAUGUUUAUGGAGUUAUGGAAAUUGUUGGUUUUAUGAUUUUUAUAUUAGAUUGGCGUUUAUCAAUCACGACAUGUAUGGGCAGGAAAAUAGUAAUGUUUAGCAGUGCUUUCAGUGGAAUUUAGAAACUUCUAUGGCAAAUGCUCCUGCUUUGAUGUUUCUAUUUGAACUCUCAAUAAAAAUACAUACAAACUAAA